GUUGACAAGUUGACCGUAGUACCGUAGUCGCGUGUGUGGAUUGCGGAUGUCAUGCGUUUAGUUGCGUCAGCCUGUGCAAUGUUCGGCUAUUUUUGGACGAUUUUUGUUGAUGAAUGUGAUUUUCGUGACGCGUAAAUUGCAGCCGAAAUUAUGGCCGAAUCCGAACAGAGAAAUAAGGACGGUUGCAACACAACGAGGGAGACAAUGGUGAAGCAAGAGAAGCGCGAGAAUACGUUGACGAAUGGCGGGAAGGGCUCCGGCGAUGACGCGGACAGUCUCGAGGAAUUGCCGCUCGAUAUAGGCGAGCAUUAUCUCGUUCGCAGAUCCGACGACUCCUGGCAUCCUGCUGAAAUUAUCCAAACACGUUACAAUGAGAAUGAAAAUCACUAUGAAUACUAUGUCCACUAUGAAGGACACAACAGAAGAUUGGACGAAUGGGUGCCUCGUGACAGAAUUAUGUCCAGCAGAUUUGACAUGAGUGAAAUAGAACGGCAUGAUAGAAAUUCUGGGACUGAUCUACUAGCGGACUCUUCUGAUCGCAAAAUUACUAGAAAUCAGAAAAGACGACAUGAUGAGAUUAAUCAUGUACAAAAGACUUAUGCAGAAAUGGACCCUACUACAGCUGCACUAGAGAAAGAACACGAAGCUAUAACAAAAGUCAAAUACAUAGAUAGAAUACAGAUCGGCAAGUACGAGAUCGACACUUGGUAUUUCAGUCCAUAUCCAGAGGAAUACGGCAAGCAACCAAAGCUUUGGAUUUGCGAAUAUUGUUUAAAAUAUAUGCGUCUCGAAAAAACGUACAGAUAUCACAUGAGUGAAUGCACUCAUAGACAGCCAGUUGGAAAAGAAAUCUAUCGAAAAGGAACAUUAAGUAUUUGGGAAGUAGAUGGCAGAGAACACAAGAUAUAUUGUCAGAAUCUCUGUUUGCUAGCUAAAUUAUUCCUGGAUCAUAAAACGCUUUAUUUUGAUGUAGAACCAUUUCUUUUUUACAUUUUGUGCGAAGUGGAUAAGCAUGGUGCACAUUUAGUUGGUUAUUUUUCAAAGGAAAAAGAAUCACCUGAUGGUAAUAAUGUGGCAUGUAUCUUAACUUUGCCACCUUUUCAAAGACAAGGUUAUGGCAAAUUACUGAUAGCUUUUAGCUAUGAAUUAAGCAGAAUUGAACAAACAGUUGGCAGUCCAGAGAAGCCUUUAAGUGAUUUAGGAAAGUUGUCUUAUCGCAGUUACUGGAGUUGGAUUCUAUUGGAAAUUCUUCGAGAUUUUAGAGGAACACUUAGUAUUAAAGAUCUUAGUCAAAUGACCAGCAUUUCGCAAACCGAUAUCAUUUCGACAUUACAAAGUAUGAACAUGGUUAAAUAUUGGAAAGGGCAACACGUUAUUUGUGUCACACCCAAAUUAGUGGAAGAACACAUAAAAAGCAGCCAAUAUAAGAGGCCACGUCUUACAGUUGAUAGCAGUGCAUUGAGAUGGGGAGCACCACCUCGGAAAAAUGUAAAACCCGGCAAGAAAUAACAUUCGAAUGGACUGAUGUAAUGAUUUUUUUUUACAGUAAUAUAAUUCCGGCUUGACGAUAUCGUUUUAACGAUAAAUAAUCGAACAUGUUAAUUUACAAUACGACAUUUAUAAGUUUAUGAGCUUCUUACAUUACAUACAUUUGCAAACGUAGUUAAUAUCAAACGACUCAUCUGUAUAUGUAUCUCGCAAAAUAAUUGAUCGAUAAGCAACACAUGCUUGAUACAACAAUGAUUGUAUAAAUAAAAAAGUAGCUUUUUAAUUUUAGUGAAUUGUUAGGAUUUUAAUUUUUUUGUAAAAAAAUUUUAUUGUGUCUCAAUCAGCGAAAUAAAUAUGUAUCUCGCAUCUGA